AUGACAGAACUUAAAGAUAGCAAAGAUUAUGGUGAACAAUCACUAAGUCUUGCCAAGAAAAUUAGAGAGAGGGAACUGGAGGCAGAAGCGUGUCACGUGCUAGCAUGGUCAUAUCAUAAAAGUGGAGACUAUAAAGAAAGCAAAGAAUACGGGAAUCAACUUCUGAAUAUUGCCAUGGAAUUGGGAAAUAAGGAACUGGAAGCAAAAGCUUGCCAUGUUCUCAGCUGGUCGUAUCAUAUGAUUGGAGACGUCUUACAGAGUCAAGCCAAGGAAGUGAGAAAUGGGGAGCCGACUAAAGAAUACGUACAAAGCCAAUCAUACAGCAGACGAUCACUUCGAAUUGCCCAGGAAGUGGGAAAUAGGGAACUCCAAGCAGAAGCGCUCUGUGCUCUAGCUUGGUCACUUUACAGACUUCGCGAUUUCACAGAAAGCAGAAAAUACUGCAAACAGUUACUGAAAAUAGGCAGGGAGGUGCAAAAUUGGAAACUACAAGCAGAAGCAUAUUUUCUUCUGGGCUGGUCGUACCACUUGACUGACGAUUUUGAAGAAAGCGUACGUUACAGCGAACUAUGUCUGAGAAUUGCCAAAGCAGUAUAUAUUCCGUACCUGGAAAAAGAAGCGCAUAUUGUUCGCAACUUGUCGUUAAAUAGGAGUCCCGAAACAGUUUGGUAUGAUCGGUAUGAAAAACUUUUUCUUAAGUUCCUUGAUGAUUAUGAAGAGGAUGUAUUAGAGUACUCUAUGUCAGGUAUGGAUGUUUCAAUGUGAAAAACUAAUUUUCAAAUGAUUUACAAAUGAAGAGCAUUUGACUUGUUUAGGUUGGGCUGAAACAGGAGGACUGGGACCGGCUGAAAGUGAACGAAACGAGUAACGAUAGCAACUGAACUCAAAAGAUAUACAAAAGUUGCUUUUACACACAUAUAAAGCAAAUUAACCAGCGCUAAAAGUAAAUAAGUCAAAUUUCGGUCGGUGACGUCACUUUUCAAGACAUAGUCAUAACGUUCAUAAGAUUGUGUUCAAUCUCAUAUUAGCUCUCUUCCGGUCCGUGCACGGUUCGUCCCAUUACCUUUUAUUUCCUAUUCUUUAUUCAACAAAAGGCAAUCCACACUCUUAGUUUCCGUUUUCCGUUUUAAAAUUUUGAUGAUGAUAAUGGUGAUGAUGAUGAUAAUGAGAAUGAGUACAAACUGUGACAUUAUUAAAAAAAAGCAGGAUAAAAGUAAAGGUGGCAAUGACAAUGAAGACAGAGCUGGUUAAUGCCCAAAGUAAAGGACAUUGCAGUUUAGUACAUAAUGAAAACAUCCUUCAUUGCACUAGAAAAUAAGGGAAUUCACUUGUGUAGUGGUUUAUCAUUAAUGUCACAAAUGCUUAAGUUUUCAAUGGCAUCUAAAAAAUUGGCAUCCCCCUUUCAGAAAUUUUUACCCAGUCCCCGCCUUUUCCCUUCAAAACAAUUUUAAGAUAACACCAAAAAUUCUCUGCCACCCACCACCCCCCCCCCCACCUCACCCGCCUGUGGUAUACAUAAUGAAUACAGCCUUAAUUAUUUUACCUAAAACACAUCGUUUAAGAAAUAGUUAAAGCCACUUAAUUAACCUCAUUUAUGUGCUUAAGAAAAAUGUCAAAAUCUCUUUAAAAUAGCAAAAUUUAAUAAAUAACGUUCUCUUUACUUCUAUAACCCUAAGACAAAGCGCAAAAAAAUUGCUAUCCAUACAGUUUCCAUUUUCCCUGACGUUUUUCUCACGUACAUAAACAAAGUAAACCUAAAGAUUUAAGAACCUACAGGCUGAAAGUUGGCAUUUUAAUACCCAAGUUUAUAAGAACCUAUUCAGCCUGGCGAGGAAAAGAGGUAUCAAAAUUCCGGAUGUUAACUGUAUGUGAAACCUCUAAUAAGAUGUCAUUGUGUAUAUAUUUAGCUUGGCAAGCAUAUGUUUGUUUUUUUUUAGUUUAAAUUAUGUACUAGAAGUGUAAUAUUUCUGUGAAUGAUUUUGCUACGACAAACUCUGAAAAAUUAAGAACCUAUUAUAAGAACCCAAUCAGCCUGAUUUGUCAAAAAGUACCCUGAAAUAUAAGAACCUGUUCAGCCUGGUCUCGAAAAUUCUAGGUUUACCUCUUAUAUGCGGGUGUUUACUGUACUUUGAAUGAAUAAUGAAGGUAAUAUACUUUAGUAUAUACUAAAACAGUGGAUAGUGUUUUUCGCGCGCUCUGAUUGGCUACUCAAUCAGUGAAUAUCCUGCACUAUUCACUGAUUCACCUCCAGUUCCUCCGAGCGAGCGACGUCAAACUCACGUAAGUUGCGAGCAAAAUGCUUUCCCGGUUUGCGGCCGUAACAAACUAAGAAAUUUCACAACUAAUCAAGCAAGCUAUUCCCAAAAUACAUGAAGAAGGUGAGGAAGUUCGGUUUGGAAGUUUUAACAGGUAAAGCUUUGUCUUUUUGACUUGAAUUUAUCGAUAAAACCGGUGAAAAAGUUUUUUGUUUACAAAUGCAAAUUAAUCUUAAGUCUUGCGUUACUUUAUUUAGUUGACUUGUUCAUAAAUAUUUAAUAAUCUUUUUUACAGAAUGAUUUUAAAUACAAAAAGAAUUCACAACUCCUUUUGAAGAAACUUCCCCGUAAGAGCUAAACAAACGCCUUCAAAAGUUUUAUUUGUCGCCAAGAAAAAGCGACGACCGCGGCCGUUCGGUCAUCGCACGCCAAAAUUGGCAACGGCAAAUGAGUUAAAAAUCAUCAUUUUUGCUCAAUUAUCUCACUGUUUUAGUAUAUACUAAAACAAUUAUUUACCUCAGUGUCGGUGGCUAGUAGUGGCUAUUUACCUCGCCGCUUCGCGGCCUCUUUAAAUAUCUACUACUACUAGCCACCUCCACUUCGGUGAAUAAUUGUUAUGUAUACUGAAGCCAUUUCCGAGUUGCCGAUAAUUCCAGCCUUAAAAAAAAACUUUGCUCACUGAUCCUUGUAUGUGAUAAAAUCAGUUUCCUUCAGUGUAUUUUCCUUAACCUUUUCUUUCAAUAAUGUAGCCAAAAAUAUGGAAACUUUUCUCUUUGUUGACUGAAAACUGUAUUACAAAUGUUUCAUAUAUCUAGUUCCGAACGAGAUCAAAGCACGAGGACCAAGAGCAAAGCUUGCCUAUGAAAAUGCUUUAAAAACUGGAAAAGUAAAGGUGUACCGAGCACGAAUCAUGCUGAUAGGUCAAGAUCGAGCGGGAAAGACAAGUUUGAAGAAGUCCUUCUUAGGUCUACCCUUUGACCCUGAGGAAGAAAGUACUGACGGAAUUGAAGUUGAUCCCUCGAAAUUCGAAGUGGACAUCGAUCAAGUGAAGAACUGGAAACGCACCGAUGAGAAGUUAGGAGUGUCUCAAUUUUCUUCCGAUCUUGCAAAGAUGGUAGCUAGUUAUCUCCAAGCGAUUGACGACGUAGCUGAAGAAGAAGGAAAUGUGAAAAAAAAUGAGAUCGAAGAAAUACCAAGAGAGGUCAGUCUAGUUCAGGUAAAUGCAUGCAGAAAAGAACAGGUCAGGGUCUCGCGGAGCUCAGGGAGGCCAUAAAACCGUGUGCGCACAGUAAUUUCCAGCUUACAGUCUCAAAUGGCACGCCGCCGGCAUUGCACUUUAAAAACGAAAUCGGUUUUGAAAACAAGACAGUUUCGACCACAAAUCUGUGAAGCGGCUACAUAAAAAGAAAGCGUCUGGGCCCGGCUAGUCUGCUACAGCCGUGUUUACGGCUGUGUAGCAGACUAUGGGCUGGUAUAGGUCUCUCUCAUUCCUUUCAUUUUUCUGUUGUCAUGAGAGGCCUCUGCUAGCUGGGUAGUGUAAGAUUUUGGGCCCCAUUGAUUAGUUUAAGGUCGCAGGGCUCAUUGUUAUGCAUUUAUUGAGCCUGUGCCAGGCUCUCAGAUAGCCGAUAAUGGGGACGUAUUAAAACGAGCAAAUCGAAAAUAAAACGCGCGUAUGCACGAAAUACAACGACUGAUAUCGACGCAUAAUUUAAAGUGUUCACGUGCACGUGUGGCAUGGAUACUGCGGACAAAAUGUUUAUACAGUAUUCAAAAGUAACAAACAGGCUUUGAAUGGUAGGUUUAAAACCUUGUUUCAGUGAUUUUGAAAUCAAUUGAAUUAAGAAACUCUAUACAAAAUAAAUUCUUUGUACGUUUUUUUUUCGCCUCAAAAAUCGUUGAAAACAUUGCAGCUUAAAAGCAAAAUUAAAGCGUGGAACUCUUGCUUAGAACUCGUUCUUUAGUCGGGACACUGGUACAACUGUGGCUUAAACCAUUGCCGUAAAGCGCGAUCUGCCCGAAUAAAAAAACAACCGUCCUAAACUUCCAUCAUUCCACAAUGUCUCUGUAAAGUUUUUGUUACGUAAAUCGCCUCUAAACAGCUGAGAUAUAAGGGUUUAGAAAGAUGUAGCACAAGAAAAAGUUUGCCUUUUGAAUUCAUUCUCUGUUGUUUAUUCAUAGAUAGGUGUCCCCCGCGGCCUUAAAAAGUCCUUCUACGGCAAUAUUUCCCUUUAAUUAGUAAAAUUCAAAAACUAAAGUGUUUGUCUUUACCGGCUCAUCUUGCAGGCUCGUUUUGACGCUCCUCGAAAACUUCGGGAUCAGGAAACAAAUUUGGAGCCAUUGAUUCAAGAGAAACCAGCCUUGUUCAAGCCUCAAGUGAAUCAGGUCAGUUUCAGCUUCCUUCUGUUUGGCAGGCCUUUAAUUUUUGUUCCAAGAGACGAGCGGAUAGGUGAGACAAAAGUUAGAAUUUCAAAUCACGCGCGCAAACAGGCUGCGAUUUCAUAGUGCUUUGUGGUCUUGAUAUCACCCAGGCACGUGAUUUUUAACCUAUAUGUUCGGUGUGAUUUACUUAUGUUAUUUUGUUUUCUUGAGACUUUCCAAAACGUAAAUUGGCGAAAAAGUGUUUAGAUCUGGUGCCUCUACGAUUACGGCUGCAUGGCUUUCUCCUCCGCAUAAGCUCCGGCUGGGUACGUACUACAUUAAAAAUAACAACAAUUAAAAAAAAACCUCCCUACGAAACAAAGAGGCCUCUGAGGAGGAGAGAGGCUGCGUGAGCAGAGGUUGAUGCCGUAGUUUUUUUUUAAACUGGAAAAAUUUUCGGGUGUUUUGGAUAGGUGGUCGCCUAUAGAGGACGAUCGCAUAGAGAAUUUUUGAUGCAUGUUUUUGAAGUAGUAGCAUUUUAACCUUGUAAAAUCGUUUUAGGGUACAUUUGGUAAAGCCGUCGAAAAAGAGACAAAUACAGCCGUCCCAACUGACUUAAAAAUCGACCCCAGUUUGCCUCCAGAGGAAUUUACAGAUCAUCUUGUUCAACUUUUGGGAAACUUGAACCUUGAAAGUGAUACAACAACAGUGGAACAUCAUAUGACCCUUGAUUUGUGGGACUUUGCUGGUCAACAUCUUUACUAUGCAUCUUACCCAGUUUUUUUAUCCACUCGAGCAGUUUAUAUGCUUGUGUACGAUCUCAGCAAAGGAUCAAAGGAAACCGCUCAGCCUUGUGUCAAACAAGGAAUUCGGAAAGUUCUUCUCAGUAAUCCAAAUAAAGAAACAAAUUUAGAAAACUUGUUGUCGUGGCUGGUUUCUCUAAACACUAUGUACUCGCUAAAACCAGAAGUAAAUGACAAGAAAGUAGAGAACCUGCCUUACUGUCGCCCUCCAGUAUUUAUCGUAGGAACACAUGCAGAUAAACCAUAUCAAGACAUCAAGGAGGUUGAAUUGCAGAUUCAGCAGGAACUUUCUGGAAAGGAUUACGAACGUCACGUGAUUCGUCCUUUCUUCUCUGUCGAUAAUACCCAAGGUUCAGCUGAUGACGGAGUUGCCGCACUUCAGAAACGAAUGAUUGACGUUUUGAAGCAGGAACCAUACAUGGGAGAAGAGGUACCAAUUCGGUAAGUUAUUUAGUUAAGAAAAACACUUUCAUCCUAUUUUAAUGUUUGUCUCAUGAUGUAGGCACCUCGACGUUUAAUAUGACCUCUUACUGCUUGUCUGCUUCAGGUGAUGAGGUCGAAUGAUUAGCAAGUACUUUUUCUGCCGCAAUGCUCUUUUCUAUUGAAGUAAAGUCCUGUUGGCGGAUUUGCCAUCCUCAUUUGGUGUUUCUUUACUGUGAACAUCCACGCAUCUACUAUCCCUGUUGAAGUUAUUAGGUGAAGCCUUAUUAUGUAGAUAGUUUCCAUUGCCCUACGGGAGUACAAUACCAGCGAGUCUCUAUAGAUCAUCUUUACCUUGUUCCAAAGCAGUCGAUCCGGCUUAACAAGGCGGCGCGAACCGAACGAUUUCCCGUGAGUGCGGCAAAAUUUUCAUCGGGGAAACAGGGAGAUCUUUGCAGGAGAAACGUAGAUGCUCACCGAACCGGCCGUUUUCCCCUUUACAACGAUAUAAAAUUUAUUGCCCCCGCAGGGAUUUCGCCUAGAAGGCGAAAUCCUGAGGAGGCACUCUAGUAGCUCGCGCGUAUAUUAAGGAAAGUACUUACAGUUGAAAUAUACAGUCAGUAUGCCAGAACAAACUUCGAUUUGCUUAAACAGGGGCCGCGAGGAAUCUGUGGGUAAUGAUGACGUUUUCUAUUGUUCGCGCCCGCAAGUGAGAUAUGAUUAGGAUGACAUAAAACAGAAAAUCCCGAAGUGACGCUAUAAUUGGUAGAUUUUGUGUCAUUUAUUGUACGGUCAUACUUCGAUAAUCUUUUGCGUUACGCGUUAUCAGUGACAUUCUGGGAACAGCUGUUUUGAAAGUUAUUGACCAAAAGACGCUCGUUAAGAGCAGAUGAAGUUAUAAGGUGCGUAUAAUUGUGUAUAUAUAAACACUUGAAGAGUUUGCCAGACACGAGUUCACAAAUCUUUCACUGGAAACAGUUUGCCAGACCACUCUUUCUCUCUCUUUGGAGAAUAAGACUCAGUCCACAAACAAACAAGACGAACAAAUCAACUGCUACCUUAUUACGAGCAGAACGAUGGGCGUUACAGAAAUUCGCUGCCAAUUAAAUUCUGUGGCGACUUAUUUCAAUCCCUGCUUACAGAUGUCCUGCUAUAAAGUUUAAAUGAAGACUAAAACGCGCGAGCGUGAAUUGAUCGAACCUUCGAAUUUCUAAGGCUUACUUUCCGGCAAAUAAAAUGAACUGUAUGUAAAAAGUGAAAGAGAAAUAGCGAAAAAUUCCAAAUUCUAAUUAAAUAUUUUCUUAUGGUUUAGAAUAAACUAUUCUCGAAACUGAGAAUACGUUGAUCAAAGCUGUGUUAAUCGAACUGAAUCAGUGCAUGGAACCUUGCGUUUUCCUGUUUUUAUCUCACCUAUUGUAUGGAAUAUGUGUGAAAUCUCCUUUAUGAAUCGUUAUAUUUGAAAGAGCAACAACGAACAAGAUACUAUUUACUGAAAAUAUACAGAGCGGGGGCAGCUGUAGUGUCAACUAUUACAAGUUAGUUGGAGUAUCGAGCCUUGGCCUUUCAACACUAACUUGAUUUAUGAUGGGUAGUGCCGCUUAGCUUAAGGCCGGGUAUACAACAUCAUGACCGUAAAAAUUGUUCAUUACCUAUUAAUUUAUCGUGUACAGCAGAUGCAGCCAAAUGUCCUCCAAAACCAAAUAAACUCUUUAAAAUAUUUUUCAGGUUUUCUGUUACACUGUAAAAUUUUUCUUGCAUUUGCUACUUGGAAGGAACUAAUUCGAAAAUCACUAUGUUUGCUCAUUUUCAGGAAUAUCACAGAAAUCGUGAAAAAAAAAUUAAGAGUUUAUAAUUUAUGCUUCUAGGGGACGCUGUCACAAAAUUACAGACGUUUGUAUGGAUCUUUAACCAUGUUUCAAGAGUCAUAACUUGAUCCCUGUUCCACCUUAGAGCACCAAACUUCUUCAAAUAACCAAUCUCAACAUGAACUUUUAUAUGGUGGUGUCAGUUUAUCGAUUAUUUAAAAUUUGAAACUCGCCCCAGUUCCCUACGCAACUCCGAAAUAGACUCAAUACUGCAAGUACACAUAUAUUGAAGAUCAUACGCGGCUCCUCGUGGUCGAAACUAUUGCACACAAUUUCUUAGUUAGAAUAAUUAUAGUGUCAUAAUUUCACUAGUAAUUCCUCGUUUAAGAUCCAUUGCGUUGCACAUGCAGCGAACAUUAGAUAUUUUUAAAAAAGCUUGUAGUUAAAGACAAAGCUCGUUACCUUUAAUGACCAGCGAUUGCACGGUGCCGCAUUAUCCAAUUUGCACCGAAAGAGAAUCAGACUCCUAUGUCAACUGGUUGAAGUCGCUCAUUUGCUUGGAUUUUUUUUACUUUAGUGGUACAGAUCCGUCAUUGUUCAGUUAUGCUUUAACUUCCCCUUUAAGAUCUUGUUAUUUUAUUUGGCUUUCAGAUGGUUUAACUUCGAGCAGGUUGUCAAAGCUUUAAUUGCUAAGAAAGUGUUUUAUUUAAACCACGAUCAACUUCAAGAUAUUAUCCAGAGAGUUUGCUUCAUUGAAGACGAGGAUGAAGUUGCCACCAUGUUGGAUUUUUAUCAUGACCUUGGCAUGAUUGUCAGGCACCGCAACACAGUUGUACUUCGGGCUCAGUGGCUCAUUGAGGUCUUCAGACAACUCAUAACCAUUCGUUCUUUUAACGAAAUGGUAAGUGAAACAUAUUCAAGUCCACAUUUACAGUCUUAUGAAGCAUAAUGACUGCAAGCCCCUCCACAGAAAACACCAUCCCACACCGUUAAAAAUUCCCUGCAUUGCCAUUGCCGCAGAAAAACCGAGGCGCAUUCAUUUACCUAGAUGAUGAUUAUAGACUUGAUUAUCUUAAACCCAAAAGACCAACUUGGCAUCGCAGAUCCCCCCCCUCCGCCGUUAGGAUCCAGAGUUAUUAGCUUACAAGUUUUCUAGAGUUUAAGGCAAUGAUUAACUUCAUUAGAAUCAUUUUAGUGUCGUUUUUUGUUGACAUAUGUAGUCUUAAAACUGGCUAAAUAUUAGCGAACCCGAGCCAGAACAAUUAAGUGUGUGCAAUGAGCAAAGAGGCAGACAAUCCAACCUUCACUUUAAUUCAUGUGAUUUUAGACCUGGCAUACGAGUUGGAGCUUACCUUAACGUCAAACGCCUUAUUUAUGACGUCAACGUCAUUAAUGUGUUCCACCGAAAAUAGUGUAUUUAAUUAUUUCACGCACAACGAAAAAACAACAAGCAAUGGAAAAAAAAACCGUACGAUAUCCCUUUGCCGGCCUGCCUCUUGCACAUUUAAACUCUAAAUGGUAUCUGGUAAAAGGAUAACCAAUAUUUGUUGUUAUCUGCUAAAGCUCAAUAUAUUAUGUACUAACGUACCAGAUGUAUUAAUAAAUGUAUGAUCCUAAGCUUUACAUUGUCUCUCUAACUAUUACAACGGGACUUGUACCUCAAGUAUUCGAAGUGCUCGAAGUUCGAGCCUCCCCCCCCCCGUCUUUGGAAACUUACUUCAAAACAUUUACCUAAUCCAUACUUGUUUUAAUGCUGUUUUUUUUCGCCCCAUGCAGUACAUCUAAAUCCUCUAUUUCUGCCUUUGUUGUAGCACCCCCCAAAAAGAUAAAAACGCUUAGGUCGUUAAUAGGUGUGACGUUUCGUUGAUCCUUGAUUCCCUGAAGAAUUGCCUUCUUCGGUUUUGUUAGGAACCGAGACAUUCCCAGUUAUGGAAAGAAAUGGAGACGACAGGUGCCCUACACAUGGAGCUAGUUGAUCACGUGUUCUCCAAGUGUUGUCAGCAGCAAGGCCUGAUCAAGGAGGAUAUCCUGAACAUGAUGGAGCAGUUUGGAUUGAUCGUCAAGUUUAUAACUUCGCCGACAAAUGAAAUGUACUUUGUACCCUGUCAACUCAAGACACCACCUGAAUUCCUUUGUGAAAUGGAACUAUCACCUUCAGAUCCAUGCUCACUGUACCUUCAUUUUAAAUGGGGUUUUGUCCCUCACGGUCUUUUUUGCCAGCUCGUGUCACGGUGUGCUAGAUGGUAUUGUGAGAGUGGUUUCAAGGAAACGCCAGAUUUUUUCGAUGGGGCCGUCCGGUUUUUCAUAGGGAAGAAGUCCUUUCACCAGUUCAUUCUUUUAUGCAGGAAAAGAUUCAUCAAGAUCAUCUUGACGCAACCAAAGGGAAGUCAUCGUGAAGUAAACCAAGCAUCGUUCGCUGAAACAAACGAGGUGGCUCUUCUUGUUCGAAAGCUUUUGGAAGAGACAUUGCAGACCCUAAUACGCGAGCUGUGGUGGUUGAGAAACCUUAAGUGUGACUGGUGCGUCGCAUGUCCUGGCUGUCUGCGACAUGAGCAGGUUUGUUCUAUCCACGAACAGAAGUGCUGUACUCACGAGGACUGUCUGUGCCUUCUGAAAGUAGAGGGGGGGAUACCGAGGCACUGUCAAAAAAGACUUGAGAUGCCGACGCUGCCCGGACUGGAAAAAUGGUUCUCACUAGAAGGUAACAACAUUUCUGUGGGGGUGGAUAAGUGUCUUAUAACAGUACCUAAGUACAUUUCAAUAUACGACUGACAAUGUCAUGCAUGAUUCUCUCUCAUAAGAAAUUUCAUUAAUAUUUAUUACCCUUAUCUUUGUUGCUGAUCACCCUCCAAAUCCUCGUUUUUCUUUUAGGGAGUCUGACAGUUUUGAACAGAUUUACAAGUUUACAAUUCCGAAGCGAGUUUUGGCAUGAUUAUUUGGGCCGUAACUUUAAAAUCUAUUUAUAGGGCCAUUCAAAGGCCCAAAAGGUCGGAGCUUAUCCCGGUUUCCGUAGAAUGAAGCACGCCUAGGAGCAUUGCUACUCCCCCCUGGACGAGAUGCUAGUCCAUCGCAGGGUUACCCCCCAACGCUAUGUCGCCGGUACCCAUUUAUACACCUGGGUGAAGAGAGACAAAGUGGAGUAAAGUUCCUUGUCUAAGGAAACAACGCGACGGGCGAGGCUUGAGCCCUGGGGGCCUUUGGCUCGUGUGCGCCCUUAUCUAUAGUGCCAUUCGAACCAUUUUCAUUAUGAAAGUACAUUAGAACCCGCAACUCAAAACCUUUAGUACAAAUUAAAGAUUCGGAUUCGGAUUCCAUUGUCGUGUUUUAAGAACACUGACUUAAAAGAUAAUUUUGGUCCAAAACUAUGUAUGAUAAAGGUGUCGCGUUUCUUAAGGGUGAACUUUUUUCAUGCAGUUCAGUUACGAACUUAAGCAAAGUUUCCUCGUGAAAAUGUCUGCUUUCGUCUACAUAUAGAUAAAACAUGUGUGCAAGACGUUUUUUGUGAAAGCCGCUAAUAGAGGGUUUGGAUACGGCAUCCGGUUAUACGGCCUCUAUGGGAUGCCCCCUUGGUGUCCGUAUUACCCGGGUUCCACUGUAGAUCCAAAGGAAAGGUGUCUUUUUACACUCCUCCGCUUUCUAAGAGAAUGAAGGAUACAGGUAUCAGUUAUUUUUUUAUAUCAAUAUUUAUCCAGGGGCAUCCAAUUUAGCAGAGCUAGUUUAAAUGGAGCCCUGUCACAACACACACACAAAAAAAUCUGACAUUAAAAAAUUUAAACUAGACAAUUAAUUAAGUUACAAAGGCAACAUGUACCGCAGGCGUUACUGUUUAAAAUAGCGCUUUAGCUUGAUUGUAAAUUCACUGAGGGUCUCUACUUGUCUGAUGAUUCUCGGAAGGGUGUUGUAGGUCCGAGCACCGUUUAUUCUGAAGCUACCUUGGUAUUUAGUAGCUAGUUUUUUAUGUUGCAAUUAUUAAUGUUGCUUAAAUUUUAGCUCUUUAAUUGAGAAUUUGGAGGGCUUUAAAUCAUAGAUAAGAUAGAGCAUAUAGUAAAAGACUCUAAAGCAGAGAAACAAGAAAAAAAACUGUGUAAAGGUCUCGUUCGCUUUGGAGUUGUCAGCCACAGAAAUGUCCAAAACAGAAGUUACCCGGGUGGGGUACUUCCAAUAAUGGCCUAUACGGGAAGGCUCCGCCCUAAAGGGGUACCUUUUUUAGGCUUCAAGUAUAUGCAUUUUAUGGCUGUGAAAAAGUCGAUAAAGCGUUCUGGUGUUGUCGUUUAUUCAUAUUUUAAAGGACAGUGCAUGGAACUAGAUAUGUGAAAGGGAUACCACAUGUCAAUAGAAGUUAUACGAAAGGAGUACCUUUACUGCCGAAAAUGGUAUAUAAAAGAGUAAAGGUUUGGACCGCAGGACAGAGCCUCCCCGUAUAACGCUCUGUUGAGUACCCCCCCCCCCCCCCCCCCUCCCCCCCGGGCUAAGCUAUCAAAGAUUAUAACUGAUAGUGUUCUUUUUCAUUAACAGCACUGCCUGUUCUUCGACAAAUUGAACUGGAAUCCAAGGAAGGGACUGGCAAAGCUGAGUUGUCGGGGAAUUUCAGGAAGUACACUACGGAAAAAGGCUUUGUGGUUUCUAACAAUCGAGGGGAGGGGAACUGUAUGUUUUUUGCACUUUCGGAACAGCUCGACCUUAUAAAAGGAACUGAAAGCUCACAUGGACAGUUACGGGAAACCGUGGUCCAAUAUCUCAAAGAAAACCCCGCGCUGGUAAGUUAAUUGCUGCCAGUAACUUAAUCAUUCUGCUUUGGCCUAGGUCGAAGACUCAACGGUUAUUCAAUUUUGCAAAUCCUUGGCGAAGAUUUAAUAUGUUUUUGGCUAUUGACAGUCUAUUCAUUAAAAUUCCUUUCAUUGUCUUUGAAUGCUGGCAUAUCAUUUGUAAAUAUCCUAAAUUUCUUGAAAGUUCUUUUGAUAAUACAAUGUGCGUUUUUUCUCGCUUACAUUUUCUAGAUACAUUGACUAUUGAAAAUUGAAACUGUAACAUGCGAGCACGCUUUCUAAUGUAGGGUCUUAAGCGGAGAAAGCGAGAGACGAACAAGCUCGCGAAAAUAUACCUUAUUCACGAUACUGCCUAGGAUACCGCAAUCUUUGCACGCGCUUUAGGGUGGAUGGGAUAAAAGCAAUUUUUACGUGGUAUUUCAGGGGGCAACAAGUGAUAAAAUUUGCCAAUACCCCCGGGAGAACUCGACCGGUAUUUGGGUAUAGUUGAGCCUCUGAAGGUUUGAAACCCUGACUCUGUUUAGGACAUACCCUGCAUGGGAAAACAUCCUCAACUUUAUUACCUUGUUUAGGGCAAAGGACAAAAUGCACGCCGUCUUGUUUUAAAGCCCACUGGCAAUUACAAGAGAGAAAAUUCAUGUUAUAGUCAUUGCUUUUGUGUACUUGGAGUAGAAACAAAUUUCAUCAAGCAAAUGAAAUCAACCGUGGAGGAAAUACCCUGUUUAUGAUAAGGACAGACUCUCUCGAGAUUAUACACCCUGUUUAGGACAGAGGGGCAAAAGCCAUACCCAGACCAACGGCACAUCAACGUAUGGGCCAUAUCAGGGAUUACAAUUCCCGGGACCAAACCGGGUAAUCGCGGUCGAGUUGGUGUAUUCUCUCAAAAAGAGAUGGUUUGUAGUUUCGACAACUUUAACAUUAGUAUUGCCUGCUGCCAGGACAUCUAUACGGCCGCUACUUCAUCCAGGAAAAAAAAGGCAAUAAUGACCACUUUCAUUCAAAAUUUGCCAUUAUCGUCUUUUCUAUUGUCUAGAAUGAACAAACUCGACCGCGAUUUCUUGCAUUGUCAACUUUCGUCGCUUGCUUGCCCCCUGAGAAACCACGUGACAUUGCUGUUGAAGAUAAUAGCACUUUGACAUUCAUUGAUCAAAAUGGCAGACUCAAAAACACUUAAUUAAUACACCCACAUUAUCAUAUUUUAGUGACGAGCACAAUGAUAGUUUUUGCUUUAGCUCUGAGAGUCCUUCUUCAUUACUUCUUAUAGAAAUCUAUUUUGUCGAUGAAAAAAAAAGUAUGGAUAAACUUCCAGUCUCGUUACCUAGAUCCCCGAUGCCGAAACCAAGGUCUCUGGAACUGGCCUUGCCCGCCUUCUCAUGUGAACACAAUUUUUAUCGCGUUACUGCUAUUUCAUUUCAUUAAGCCACCUAAGAUUUUAACUAACUACCCGCUGUGUUGGCUAUUUACUAAGUACAGGAUUUUUCUCCCUCAGCCUGAUGGGACAGAGCUCUUCCAUUUCGUUGACGGAUAUUCAUCUUGGGAUGCUUACCUCACGAGCAUGAUGACAGAUGGUACAUGGGGUGAUCACGUGAUUCUACACGGUGCAGCAAACUGCUUUGAAACAUGCAUUCAAGUGGUCAGUAGUCAUCACAAUGACGUAAUAAUUUGCCCAGAGUAUGAUGUUACUGCUAGCAACCGACUCGUGCUGGGUCACGUGCACGAGCUUCACUAUGUCAGCCUCAUUCCACCUAAAGAAGGUAUUCAAGGCGUUUGAGUUUACCUACGGUAACAACCAUCAACGACAGUCGAAAUAAAAGAAUGUGUAUCGGAGGAAAACCGAUAUGGUUAAAAAUUUGAACGAGUAUUGAAUAAAAAGUUUCCUCGCUUUUCUUUUGUUUCUUUGCUUCCAGUGUGAUAUUCUGAUCGUUUUGCGGUCAUUUAAAAGGUUGCGGUUUGUUCUACCGCUUUGUUUGUUAUAUUAAUAUCAAUUUUUCCCGUACAAAUGUUUACGUUGCAGGGCGUAAGAAGCAAUGUUCACACUCUGACCUAUUUACUGUUAAAUCGUAUUUAUUGCAUUCAUAACUCAGACCGUCAAUGUAGACUUUUGUUUUCUCCGUAGAAACUGCAAGUUACCAAGCAGAAGUCACUGUUACCCUCCUUGAGAAUGAGGACCUUCCUACAAAAUCAUUGCCUUGGAAUGAUAGCCUUCUCCCAACUGACAUGUUGUUGCUAACGGUGGAGGACUGUGAAUUUCUGAGUUGCCUGUCGUGUUUGAAUUCCAGUUUCUGCAAAAGCUACAGGAAAGACCUUGGAUACGUGUACUUCGGGGAUAUUGGAGAAGGUGAAAUGAAGCUAAGAAUUGCUGUAAUGAAGUGCUGCAGGGGUUCAAUUACUGCUGGAGGCUCUGCAGUUUUUGUAUUGGCAGCUGUCAGAGUCUUGAGGCCUAAAGCUGUGUUUCUAGUUGGUGUCUGCUGUAGCCUAAAAUCCAGUAACGUCAAACUAGGCGACGUGGUUAUUUCAGAGAAGUUAAUAACCUGUGUUCCAUCCAGUAAGCAGUUCGGAGACAAAGUUCCUUUGAAAUCCCUUCCUUUAAGGAUGAUCCCUAAUGCUGGAGAUGGUUGGAAAGCGCCUUUGAAAGAUCCCAAAACACUUGAAGUGAAAAUACAUCGUGGUGAUAUUCUGAGUGUUCCUGGGGAGAUUGAUAACAAAGAAUGCUGCGAGACACUCAUCAAGCGAUUUCCACAAGCAGUUGCUAUGGAAUUAGAGGGACAAGGUAAGCAUACAGUCACACAGAUAUCACAUAGCCUACAGAAAAGCCGUUACCUAAAAAAAAAUCAAAGGCGGGAUAUUCGGGUUACUUUUCCCCCAAUCGGACCAGCACUCAGGGUCCAUUGAGUUACAAUAACUGAACCAAGAUUCUACCUUUGCCCUGUAAGCGUCUAACUCUUCAGUUGGCUCAGAUAGCCCCAUUUAAAAGUGGCGACGUUUUCGUUGGCGAACAUAAACCAACUUCCACUACAACUUCCCCUGAAGACCUUGACACUUCAAAAGGCAUUUAGUUAAAUUUCUAAUUCGUUUUUUUUCUCUUUCCUAAGUAAUGUUUUAAUUAGCAGUUUAGCUUUAAAAUAAAUAAAUGAAUAACACAUUGAAGCAAAUUAAAACAAAACCAGCUUUCUGUUAAACACGUGUCUAAAUUUGCAUGUCUAGCCUCUCCCCAUGUAACAGAAUCCGGAUCCCGGAAUUGGGGAAAUUUUUGCUUGUGGAACCGCCAAUCCUGGGCUUUGGAAUCCGGGAUCCCACGAACGAUUCAGCGUGCAAAGAAAGUCCUGUCCGAUAGCCCGGGGCUAGUGGAUUUUGCUAUCGGUCUAGUGAUUUCUGUUCUAAAAUUGCCCGAUGGGCAAGUGCUGUUUUUGGGGGGAAUUCAAAUUACAGAAGGAUUGUAAUCAAUCCUGCUAAUCAAAAAGGGUUUGGGGCUAGUAAAUGCUAGCUACAGCUUGCCGGAAUGGCAGGCUGUAAAACUGACUUUCUUUGCACCCUGCGAUUAGAAUCCGGAAUCCAAGUUCCACUGACAAAGAAUCCGGAAUCCCGUACCUGGAAUCGGGAAUCCGGAGUCCAGGGCGUGGAAUCCAGAAUCCACGACUCUCUUGGAUUCCCUUACUAGUCUAUAAGGUAAUAAAAUUAUUUCACUCGAAUCUAGGUCUACAUGCAGCAGCUCACGACUUGGACAUUCCCUGGAUUAUAAUUAAAGGCAUUUCAGACUACAAAGAUGGCAGAAAAUCCGGUACAGAUUGCUGGAAAAAGUUCGCGAGUUUAAUGGCCGCCUCUCUCACCGUUCAUAUCCUCAGUGAUCCGAUGGUUUUUCGGAACUGGCCCCACUACACUGAGAAAAGUGAGUAUUACAACAAACUACCCGCGACUGGAAUAUGUCACUUGUUUUUACCCCCUUAAUUUGUUAGUGCAAAAGUAAGUUGAAUAAUCUGUUUAUCUGAUUACCUGGUCAAAUAAAGAAGUAAAUAUAUAAAACAAAAACAUCAAAACGGAACAAAAACAAAAGAAAAGAAAAAUUGUUUUCCAAUGAUCCUUGUACAUCUGUACACAUUACCUAUGACAAAGGCCUGGUAGGGGUUCUCUCGGAGGAUUGAACUUUUAAAAAUUGUAAAUGGUUGUCGCUCAGUCAAACAUAUUUAAGGUUUUUAUUGGCACGUGUCAGAACACACACAGUUGUCGUACUUAAAGGUUCAGAGUGAACCAUAAUAGAGACUCGCUCGAUUUAAAGAGUUUUUUUUAGUUUUGCAGGUCUUUAUAGAGAGGUCUGGGUUCGAAAUUAGGCAGUAGGCAUUUAAAAUGUGGAAUGUUUGGACAAUUUUGACGGUGAACGUAGGCUUGACCUGCGAUAAAUGCAUGCAAGGAUCUUCUUGCUAAAAUAGCAUGCGUGGCAGGCACUGGUUAGUUUAUUUUGGUUUCAAUGGCUUUCGGAUGGUAAACUUUUUAUGUAAUUUUAAAAGAGAUAAGCUUAUCAGAAAAGAAAAGUAGUCUAGCAUUAAUCUGGAUGAACUGCAAAAAGUAACGUGUAAGGUCAUAAUUUGUUGUGAAUCUGGGAUCAUCAACAGUUAAUGCCAUUAAUUCGGCCCAUGUAAGUGAAUCCAAGACAGUCUUAGAUCCACCCCGUGGAUUCUGGAUUUCAGGUACUGGUUUCCGUUCUAUGAUUUUUUAUCAGUUGAACUUGAAUUCCGGAUUCAAGAUUCCUUGAGCUGUAUUCAAGAUUACAAAGCCCAGAAUUCCGGAUUCCAUAAUCAAAAACUUACUGGAUUCCGGAAUUCGGAUUCCCUUUCAGGGGGCGACAUUAAUCGCUGCAAACUGGCCUUAACAUGUUUUCAGUCCCUAUGACUAAACUACUCUGUGCUAACCUUUUUCGUUAAACGUCUUCUUGAAGGGUAGAACUUAGCGCAUUUUGGUUUUCAAUGACGGGUAGUUCUUGUUUUUUUGUAGCUGAGUAAUUAAGCUGUAGUAGCUUGUAGAAGUAAUAAGAAACCUCCGCAUCAAAAUGGUUUGUUAGCCUCCUGCAAAUAGUACAUCCUCCUUUUAUAUUCUGUCUGGGUAACAUCCCCACACCACUAACCAUUUUUUUUUUUUAACAGGUUAA